AUGGCGGACAACUACAUGUUUGGCAACACUCAACUCGACAUAGUACACCGCGGAGGGUAUAGAGGGAGGGCAAAUGGUGAGGCUCAACACACCGACGUCUUUGACGAUGAGUGCCGAAAGUUGCUGUUGCAGGGUCGGAUUGAUCGUAUCGUCCACGGCGAAGAGAGAGAGGGCGGGAAGCCGGCGACUCUUGUUGUUUUUGGGUUCCGUUUCCAUGGAAUCAACAGGAAUCGGAGAUUCAGGGAGGCCAUUAUUACGAUCUUAUUCCAAGACGAGAAGAAGCGAGAUGGCGCUGACCCCGCGCCCAUCGCCCUCUGGCCCAAUGGAAACUACACCUUAGGGCAUAAGACGGAAAUCGACAGAGAAACAACCAAUACAAUCGAAACCUGUGCAAGAGCCGGCGCAGUGGGCGGACCUGUUGGAGCAGAGAUAGACGCUCUGUGGAAAUGGGAGCGAAAAGAGGGACACAAGACAACAUGCCGCGCGAGUAUGACAGGGUCUAUCAUUCUCGACACAGCUGUACGGCAGAGUGGCGAUAACAAUGCCAUUCGUCUGGCAAUCACUGAAAACGAAAAAGAAAGAUCCGGCCUUGUCACAGACUUACGUGUCGCCGUUCUCCUGGAGCGGAAGAACGACACGGACAGGUUCACGGCCUCGAUUAGGGUCAACGCCAGAGCCGACUUGCUCUACAAUGCUAUCCACAGGAUGCGGGCCUUGCUUGGCCGGGCACCUCCAAACGACGCCGUAAUUUUCCAGCCAGGGCUGCCGCCCUACCUGCGGCCCCCGACGCUCACACCUUCCAUGGAAGCGAAACUAGCGGUACACGUGGAUGCAGCAAAUCUGAACCCGGAGACUCUCAACGAGCUGGGUUCCGCAGUGGCAACCACGGUUCUAACUACGACGGUCACCGAGUAGCGUCCCCGUGUCUGUCGUUGAGAUGUAUGGGGUGGGCCUUUAUCGCUUGUUGUUCGAAUUAUGAAUGUUAAUAGUUUGC